GUUAUGUUAAACUGUAUUUUGUUCGUUUCACGUGUAAAUAUCAACAAAGGCAUGGAAAAUAUUCCUCAAAUACCAAAAGAAGCUCCAAAUAUAUUGGUAACAGGUACCCCGGGGGUGGGAAAAUCGACGUUAUGCCAGCACCUUUCGGAACUAACUGGUCUGCAAUGGUUAGAGAUAUCCAAGUUAGCAAAAGACCACAACUGCUUAGAAGAAUACGACGAAGUGUAUCAGUGUCCGGUCCUAGACGAAGACAAGCUUUUGGAUGGGUUGGAAGAAGUAAUGUGCAGAGGAGGAAAUAUCGUUGAUUACCACAGUUGCGAAUUCUUCCCCGAACGGUGGUUUGAUGUAGUUUUCGUGUUACGUGCCGAUAACACUACUCUUUAUGAUAGGUUGGUUGGUAGGGGAUACUCGGGAAAGAAAUUAGAAGAUAAUAUCGACUGCGAGAUAUUUCAAACGAUUUUGGAAGAAGCCAAAGCUUCUUACAAGGAAAAUAUCGUUCACGAACUUUACAGUCGGACUCCGGAUGAAAUGCAAGAUAACGUAAAUAAAAUAUGUUUAUGGUUGCAGCAGUGGUUUGAAGACAAACAGAAGACAUAAAAUAUAUAUUCAGUAAAUAACGUUUUGUAAAUAUUUAAAGUAAGGCAAUUAUAAUUAUAAAUAAUUA